AUGGCACCUCGUGUGGCCGCCGGUGGCUCGCCGUGUGCGUGGCGGCGGGGGCGCCCCCUGGCCGCCGCCCUGCUCCUGGCCGCGCUCCCCGGCAGGCUCACCCGGGCAGAGCAGGUGGCGGUGGAGGUCGAGCCGACGGGGCGAUCCCGCCCACGCCACAGGCGCCACGAGCGCCGCGCUGGGCCGCUGGCGGAGCCGCUGGCCGCCGCCGAGCAGCGCGGGUCUCCGCUGCUGCGCUCCGAGUCCCCGGCCGGCGGCUCGCCGCGGCCCAGCGGUGCGGUCCUAACGCAGACGGAGGUCCAAGGUCGUGCAGGAGUUCGCCAGCGGCGCCACAGUGACGUGUCGCGAGAUGAUCCAGCGGAGGAGCCGAAAGCCGAGGAAGGAGCCGAAGGAGGAGCCGAGGAAGGAGCCGAAGAGGGCGGAGGCAAAAACAAGAUGGUCCUGGCGUCGGCAGGCGGUGGAGUCCUCCUCCUCAUCGUUGGCAGCGCCGUCGGGUAUUACUACACGCAAAAGUCCAGCAAGAAUAGCAAGGGCAAAGGCAAGGGCAAGGGAGUGUCUGCCGCGGGGAAAGAAGCGGCUGCCGCGGCGAGUCAGGCAGCGCAGGCCAUGACUUCCAAGUCGGCAAAAGAUGCCAUGAAGACCGCGGGCAGCAAGGCGGCGGCAGCUGGUGCAGGCGCUGCGGCUGCCGCGACCAAAGCGGUUGGCACCGCCGCCAAGAGCAAGGCCAAAGCCAGGGCCAAGGGCAAGCAUGAGACCAAGGCAGAGCCGAAGGAGACGCCCGGACAGGAUCUCAAGGAGACUAUGGCAGAGCCGAAGGAGACUUCCAAGCCAGAUAGCAAGAAGGAGACUUCCAAGCCAGAUAGCAAGAAGGAGAAGACGGCGCUUCCUGCGGUUGAAAAAACAGCAGAGGAGGAGAACCUCGUGGUGGACCCAGUUGUCUUGAAGGCCGCUCUCAGGAUCCAGGCUUAUUUCAGGGGUUGGAAGGCCCGCAAGCUUGUCGCGGGAGUCCGGACAUGGAAGCCAAACCAGAAGGUGUGCUUGUUCAUCGAGUGCAUCAAUGGCAAGGACAUGCCCAGCGUGAACACAUUUGGCGGAUGCGAUCCAUACGUAGAGUUCCGGCUUGUCCAGGGCCAGGACCCUCUUUUGCACAAGGGCGGAUGCGUGACCACCCAGGCGCCGAAUGGGAUGUCCGUCAAGACAGAGGCAGACGACGGAAAUUCAGAACCCACCUGGAACGCGAAGUUUGAGUUGAAAGAGGUACCUCUGCGCAAGGACCAGUUCUUACAGGUCAUCCUGUGGGACAAGAACACAUUCACAGACACCCCAAUUGGCCACCAGACGUUCAUGGUCGAGAAGCUCUUGGAGGGCCUGACCUUCGUCGCGGGCACUGAGCAGCCCAAGCGAAACUCGCGGAAGGUCAGCUUCAAGAGUCUCUUGGAGGAAGGGGUCAAGCUGACUGCGACCGUACAGACCAAGUUUUCCUAUGUGGACAUGGUGAACUUCAAUUUCCGUGUAGCCAAGGGCUCUCGAUUGCCGAACGUCAAGCUGUUAGGCGCCGGGAUCAAUAGCUUUGUCGAGCUCCGGAUGGUGACUGAGGACCCCAAGAAAAUCGAUUUCGAGUAUUCGCCGCCAAGCACUUGCUUGUGGAGCAGCAAGACCCGCAUUGUGCAGGGCAAUACAGAUCCGAAGUUCGACCAGAAUUUCGAAGUCGUUGUCCCAGCUAUCGCUGCCUUGAAAUUGCAGGCUAUAAUCUGGGACAGCAAUUCGCCCCUGCCUGACUCUCCCAUCUGUCACAGCGUAAUGGACCUUAGUGGGGUGGUCGCCGAAAUGGCCCAGGUGCCCAAGGAGAACAAGCUCAAGUUUACGCACUUGCCUGCAGUCUCCCCGGCUGGCGAUGUCCGCAAGACCACAUUGACGGUGGCGAUCGGCGUCUCGCAGAUCUUCGACCAGGGUAAGGACGAGGACUGA